AUAUGGUGUGGUGAAAGUUUUCAAGAGAUUGAAAUAUCAGAUAUGGUGUGGUGAAAGUUUUCAAGAGAUUGAAAUAUCAGAUAUGGUAACCCGUUUGUUAAAGACAUGGUAUAGAUUUAGUUGGAUUGACGAUCGUGGGCUCAAAAAAAUUGUGGUCUUCGAUCCAAUCAAAUCAAAAGAAGUGAUGAUCAAUGUAGAUCUACCAAAUAAGGAAAAUGAAAAUGGGUUGAUGAUUUUCUGUG